GAGCUUUUCGAUGGCAGCUUUGUUGCCAUCACAGAUUUUUGGGAGAAGAGGCUUCCAAAACCAAAUGUUUUUUCUACCUUUUCUACGAUAUUUGCAACAGUUUUACAUUUCUUCUUAUUUUACAAUAAUACAACAAAACUUGAUUUUGUAUUCUUUUUGCAAUUUCAUGGCAAAUUGUUUACAUUUUGAGGUUAUGUUUAUGUCAGCAAAAUAAAAAAACAACAUAGGAAAUCCCAUGGACUUUUCCACUGCGCACUGAAGCUUUCAAAAUGGCCGCUGGAGAAGCAUCAAAAUAGGCAUUGUGUUGUCAUUUUAUUUGCAUUUUUAACCAAUUUCUCGGCCAAAUAGUGCUCUUUUGGUGACUAAAGUGGUUAGACGAAGUGCUAAAGAUUGCUGUGGAAUUGGUGUAGAAGACAAUGACGCAGUAUUUACCGCCAAAUUUACUGGCUCUGUUCGCCCCACGCGAACCCAUUCCCUAUCUGCCCCCUCCGGACAAAUUGCCACAUGAAAAGAAGUCCAGGGGCUACAUUGGCGUUGGGCAGUUCCUCCAGUACUUCGAGGAUCCCAAGGAUACGCCGCCUCCGACUCGGGUUGAGACUCGCGAGGAGAGAAUGGAAAGGCGACGCCGGGAGAAGGCUGAGCAAGUGGCAUACAAGUUGGAACGUGAGAUUGCCAUCUGGGAUCCCCAUCAAGUGAAACAUGCCACGGAAGAUCCCUUCCGGACGCUGUUUGUCUCAAGAAUUAACUACGAUACAUCAGAAUCAAAAUUGCGGCGGGAAUUUGAGGUAUAUGGCCCAAUAAAGAAGAUCAUCCUGAUUCACAAUAUGGAGGAUGGAAGGCCCAGAGGUUACGCUUUUAUUGAAUACGAACAUGAACGGGAUAUGCACUCCGCUUAUAAACACGCUGAUGGUAAGAAAAUUGAUGGGAAGCGCGUGUUGGUGGAUGUUGAGAGGGCCAGGACAGUCAAAGGAUGGCUACCUCGUCGGUUAGGUGGUGGACUAGGUGGAACUCGCCGUGGAGGACCCGAUGUGAACAUUAAGCACUCCGGAAGGGAGGACAACGAACGCGAGCGCGAGCGCUAUCGCUUGGAGCGUGAGAAGGAAGAGCGUGAUCGCCGUGAUCGAGACAGAUUUGACAGGCGACGCAGUCGAUCACGCGAAAGGAUACCGCGUGAGAGGGAGCGUUCGCGUCACAGGAGUCGAUCACGCGAGCGUAGGAAGCGUCGCAGCAGAGACAGGAGUGACUACGAGGAUAUGGAACGGGAUAGGAUGCGCGAUCGUGAUCGUCGUGAUCGUGACAAAAAGCGCAAGAGGUCGAGAUCACGCGAUCGCGAUAGGUCGGAUAGAAAGAGGGAUAAGCGUGACAAGGAACGCGAUCGGGAGCGCAAAGAGCGGAAGCCUGAAUUCCGCGAAGGAGAAAUUAAGAUCAAGGAAGAGCCUCUCGAUGAUUAUCCUGACUAUUCAGCGCAGUAUGCUAACUACCAGAAUGACGUGAAGUACGAAGAGGAUGAGGAAAAAUAUAGGAUUCCAGAGAAUGGACAAAAUUACGGACAGAGUGACUGAAUGUGAGUAAUAAUAGCGGAAAAUAUUUGUGGAGUGAAAAAAAAUAUGCAAAGAACAUUAAAAAAAUUGUAAAAUGUAUGAUGAAUGUAUGAAAAAUAAAAUUCAUAUUUCGCGCCAGAAAA